AUGUUUUCAUUUAUGCUCUUUUCUACUAUGUUUUCUUCCAUACUUACUGAACCUGAGGAGCAACACUGGACCUGCAGCUCCUCUGAUGCAACCAUUGCUUAUACCUACUGUGAUGACAUUAAAUUUCCUAUUUUAGUUAGACCUGAACCCUGUAUAUCAUUGAAAGGUACUGAAGGAUUUUUGCAUAUUUUCUACAUUCCAAGAAGAGAUUUAAAACAAUUAUAUUUCAAUCUCUAUAUAUCUGUCAACUCCAUGAAUUUGCCAAAGCGCAAAGAAGUUAUUUGCCGAGGAGCCAAUGAUGAAUAUUCUUUUUGCAGAGCUCUGAAGGGAGAGACUGUGAAUACAACAAUACCGUUCUCCUUCAGGGGAAUACUAUUUCUUAAGGGCCGAUACAGAUGUGUUGCAGAAGCCAUUGCUGGGCAUACUGAAGAAAAACUCUUUUGUUUGAAUUUUACCAUCACAUACCACCCUCGUCUCAAUUAGAAUAAAUUGAAUAUAUUUUUAUUUUUCAAAA